CUUACAACUACACUACCCGCCAUUUCGAAAUCGCACUCGCUCUCUCUCCCUCUCCCUCUCCCUCUCCCUCUGCUAAUGAUGAUAGCUCCUCACUCCGUCUGCGGCUCCCGGAACGCUGAGUCCGACGCAAGGUCAAUGCAAGACUUCCAUUACUCACCGACUUCCUCAUGCUCUGAAGCAUCCACCGUCAGGAAGCGGAACCCGCUGGCGGUGGCUGCAAAAUCAGUGGCCAGAUCGUUCGUGGCCUGCUUUACACCGCCUGAAACCACCAACUAUAAGAAUUUCGACGACUCCGAAGAGUUCAAACCUCCCUCUGCCAAUUUCUAUGUUAUUUCAGUUGCAUCCUAUGCAACGGGAUCCAACAGAGACAGAAGGCGAAUUUCAGGUCGAGGUAUCUAUGGCAGUCCACAGAAUUCAGUUCAUGGAAGAGAACCAGGGAGUGUAAAGUUCACCAUGGAGGAAAUCUACAAAGCUACAAGGAACUUCUCCCCGUCCUUCAAGAUUGGACAGGGUGGCUCUGGGACAGUAUACAAGGGGAGACUUGAAGAUGGAACCGUUGUUGCAAUCAAACGUGCCAAAAAGAGUGCAUACGAUAAGCAUUUAGGUGUAGAAUUUCGGAGUGAGGUUCAAACACUUGCACAAGUGGAGCACUUGAGUCUAGUAAAGUUCUAUGGGUUUUUCCAAAAUGAAAAUGAAAGAAUCGUUGUCGUUGAGUAUAUUCCAAAUGGAACGCUCAGGGAACACUUGGAUUGCCUGCAUGGAAACGUUCUUCAGCUUGCUGUGCGCCUAGAUAUUGCAAUUGAUGUGGCUCACGCAGUCACCUAUCUUCACAUGUACACAGAUCACCCGAUUAUUCACAGGGACAUAAAGUCAUCCAACAUUCUUCUCACAGAAAAUUUUAGAGCCAAGGUGGCUGAUUUUGGUUUUGCGAGAAUGGCAGCCGACACUGAUUCAGGUGCCACCCACAUCUCCACUCAAGUUAAAGGAACUGCUGGCUACUUGGAUCCAGAAUACCUGAAGACCUAUCAACUGACUGAGAAGAGUGAUGUUUAUUCAUUUGGUGUGUUACUUGUUGAACUAGUAACUGGUAGGCGGCCUAUUGAACCAAAAAGGGAAAUUCAGGAGCGGAUAACUGCAAGAUGGGCUAUGGAGAAAUUCGCUGAGGGAGAUGCAAUUUCAACCUUGGACCCAAGGCUGGAACGUACUGAUAUAACCGACUUGCUUCUUGAGAAGAUUCUUAAAUUAGCCUCACAAUGUUUGGCCCCACGCAGACAAAACCGACCAGGCAUGAAGAAAUGUGCGGAGAUUCUAUGGGGGAUUCGUAAGGAUUGCAAAGAACUAUCAGCUUCAGAUUUUCGUUCACUUUCCUCAAAUUCAAGGAGCUCUUCAGUUAGGAAAGAAUAAGCAAGUGUCUAGUCGAGAUCUAGAACCCAACUUGCAAAUUGUGAAGUUAGGCUAAAUGGGUAGAAAUGAAAGACGAAACCAUUUGCUUUUUAAUAGAUACAAUCUGGUUCAGGAUAAAUUUUCCAUUCUCUACAAUUGCUAGAGGGAAAUAUGAUGGUGAAAUUAGGUUGUACAUACAAAUUUCUAUUAUGAUCUUUUUAUCUUUUA